UGGAGCCAAUUGAUCCUUUUUCAAGUACCCAUUCCACUCACCUCAUCCACACUGUUCUCUCUCUCUCUCACCAAGUCCAUCCAACGUAAAUCAGGCAACAUGGCCCCCCACGCAAACGGCGGCACCCCUCAGUCCAAUGGCGGAGUGGAGUCGAGAUACCACGCCUCUUCCACCCAGGCCGCGAUCAAGUCCGAGGAGGAGCUCGCCGCCCACAACUACCACCCGCUGCCUGUCGUCUUCUCCAAGGCCAGCGGCGUCCACGUCUGGGAUCCCGAGGGCAAGCAGUACCUCGAUUUCCUCUCCGCCUACAGCGCCGUCAACCAAGGCCACUGCCACCCCGAGCUGGUUAAGGCCCUGACCGAGCAGGCCAGCAGACUGACUCUCAGCUCGAGAGCCUUCUACAACGAUGUCUUCCCCAAGUGGGCCGAGAAGAUCCAGCAGGUCUUUGGCUACGACAUGGUUUUGCCCAUGAACACGGGCGCCGAGGCCGUCGAGACCGCAAUCAAGAUUGCGCGCAAGUGGGCGUACAAGGUCAAGGGCGUUGAGCAGGGCAAGGCUCUGGUCUUCUCCGUCAACGACAAUUUCCACGGCCGAACAAUGACUGCCAUCUCUCUGUCAGUCGACCCCGAAUCGAGGGACAACUACGGCCCCUAUGUCCCCAACAUCGGCGCCCUGAACCCUUCCACGGGCAAGGCCAUUCGCUACAACAACGUCGAGGAUAUCGAGGCGGUCUUCGAGGCGCACGGCAAGGACACUGCUGCCAUCAUCAUCGAGCCGAUCCAGGGCGAGGCUGGCGUCGUUGUCCCCGACGACGACUACCUGAAGAGAGUGAACGACCUUUGCAAGAAGCACAACGUCCUCUUCAUCUGCGACGAGAUCCAGACUGGUAUCGGCCGCACCGGACGCAUGUUGUGCUCCCAGUGGGCCGGCAUCAAGCCCGAUAUGAUCACCCUGGGCAAGGCCAUCUCUGGUGGUCUGUACCCCGUCAGCUGCGUUCUGUCGAGCAAGGAGAUCAUGCUUGUCGUCGAGCCCGGCACCCACGGUUCCACCUACGGCGGUAACCCCCUAGGAUGCGCAGUGUCCAUCCGCGCGUUGGAGAUCAUGGAGGAGGAAGACCUGACUGCCAAGGCUGAGAAGCUCGGAAACAUCUUCCGCGAGGGAAUCAGAGCCUUCAACUCGCCCAUUGUCGAGCUGGUGCGUGGAAAGGGUCUCCUCAACGCCGUUGUCAUUGACGAGUCGGCUACCGCUGGCCGCACGGCCUGGGACCUAUGCCUGUUGUUGAAGGAGAAGGGUCUCCUGGCCAAGCCUACGCACGGCAACAUCAUCCGCUUCGCCCCUCCUUUGGUCAUCACCGAGACCGAGCUUCGCAAGGCCAUUAACAUCAUUGGCGAGGCGCUCAAGGAGCUUCCCACUGUCGAGAAGGCGGCGCACCACUAA